AUGCGUGGAUCCGUUUCGCUUAUUGCUGUGCUUUCAGCACUUGCCACUGUGGGAUCUGCACUACCUCAGCCGGACAUACUGCCUCGAGCGGCUGGUACCGGUGCAGCAAAGCCAAAAUACUCCGUUAUACCUCUCGAGCCCGGCGAUGAUGAUCCAAAUAGCGGAGAUGGUAGUGGCGGCAAUGGUGGCAACGGUGGCAACGGAGGGAACACCUCCCAUGGUGGAGAUGUCACAAAGACGGUGGUGAAGACGGAGGAAGCUGUCACUCACACAGUCACAAAAACAGGGCAGCCUGUUACUGUUACAUACCCGGCUCCCACGACCAUCUCGAUCAUCCCCAUCGGAGGGAAUCAGAAUGUUACAGUCACUGUUACCGCAGAAGUUACACCUUCGGCUGGUGCUUCUACGACAACAAUAAUGAGCAGUGUGAUCAGCUCUCCACUGCCAGGUACAACAUCCGUCACGAAUAGCCCAACACCUAUUUCGAAUACGACAUACUCAAUACCUUCGGUGACCUCCCCGGCGCCAAUCUCGUCAACCACCUCCACCUCUUUGGGGUCUAACCACACAAUCACCACAUCCAGUUCACAAACAGAGACCUCACAGACGGAAUCACCUACGACUGUUAUUUCUGGGACUAGUACAGAACCGUCAACGGUGGUUUCUGUGCCUACCACGACUCAUGCAACUUUAGUCCCAACGACUUUCAGCACAGUUUUAACAACGACAUCAUCCAGCUCAACCAAGAGCUAUGAUGACGGGAAGUGGCACACGACGUACCCGCCUUGGAAUGGCACCGUGCUUCAUCGAUAUCGACGUGUUUGA